AUGGUUUUGUUCUCUAAUUUGAGGUCAAAUUUGGGUCGGUUAAAUUUUAGAGAUUUCUAUACUGCCAUCUUAGAGAAGGACGAUGAAAUCAUCUCUGCAGCAUCUAUAAGAAUACAUGGAAGAGAGAUGGCAGAGAUGCCAUUUGUGGGAACCGAAUCGAAGUGCAGGGGACAAGGAUUUCUUCGAAAAUUUCUAGUAGCUAUUGAAUCUGCCCUUCACUUCUUAAAUGUGGAAAAUCUGAUCAUUCCAGCUUCAAUAGAAAUAGUUGGAAUGUGGACUCAAAAAUUUAAAUUUUCCCACAUUGAAAGUGCCAUGAUCAAAACAAUAAUCUCCUCAAACACAUUGAUGUUUCCGAAGGCUGUCAGGCUACAGAAAAGCUUGCUGGCAGAUGAUGCGGAAGCAGAAAAUGCAGCUAUGGAGGUUAAUGAAGUUCAGAACAAUGAUCAAAAUGAGGUCCAACAAAAUAGAGAUGAAAGACCGCCUUUCAUUGAUAUAAAUCUGGACCCUCCAGAAGAGGCUAUUGAUGCAUAA